UGACGGCAUACCAUUACUCAGAUCGAGGCCGUGGUGCUUGUGUCACCUGGACGACUUAACUCUGUGUCACUCUUAUUCUCAAAGAAUUCUUCAGGUUCUUCAGAAACAUGGCACCGAAAGGUCUUUGUGUAAAAUUUUGCAUUUUACUAGUAGCAGUGUCAAAUGCUUUUGGUAAUCCUUCAAAUGAAGAUCGCCUAAGCAGGCUUGAAGCUCAGCUGGGGAAAGUUACUGCGGAGCUGAAUGAGAUUAAGACCCGAUGUCCCUGUCGUCAGGGAGACAACUCUACGGUCUCAGAUGUUGAAAGGUUUCGAGAUACCAGAGCUCUCGAUAACUUCGUGGCAUUUGCAGCUACUAUCCUCAGUGACAUGACACCGAUAGCUUCCAACGAGGUCAUUAUCUUCGACAAUGUUGUAACGAGCGUAGGCGGGGGGUAUGACCCGUUCAUUGGCCGUUUCCAGGCUCCAGUGGCUGGAUACUACCACUUCGUCGUCAGUAUCAUGUCUUAUUCAUCACACUAUAUCGAAAUUGAAUUAGUUCACGACGGUACUUUGCUCUGUCGUGCACGUGCCUCCCAGACAUACAAUGCUAUGGGAGCAUGUGCUUCUAAUAUACAUCUGAACAUCGGCAGUGACGUGUGGGUCCGGCAUAGGUCAUCUAGUGGCGACUACAUCCGCGGACAGAUGUUCCCAUCUUUUACUGGUCAUCUUAUUAAAGCCGAUUAAAAUCUUCA